CAGAUAUUUACAUUUGGUUAUCUUAUUCUUUUUCAGUUAAUUUUUCAGAAGAUGCUCUGGAAUGCAAGCUGUGCGUAGGCUGCUGACGGUAUAACAUUCCACAACACAUAGGUGUUAAUUACGGCGUGAUUCACUUAAACUCUCGUGAGGCAAAAUGAAAGACAUUCGGCAGAAUCUGGUACAUAUGAGCUGCAUCUUUCUGAUUUUCGUAUAUUUUAGGAUGCUUUUACUUCACUUUUUCUUUCCAGUGAGCUGGUGCAUUCCGUAACGGAACCAGCCUGCCUUCCUUCACCCAUUAAUGUUGUACAAAACAACGACAGACCUGGUUCACUAAGAAAGCAACAAGUCUGUACCCACUGGGGAAAAUAGUGUAAACCCGUGAAGCUCUGACACCACUAAUAAUUGUCUACACUCGACUUUACAGUUUGAUGCCAGGCCAAUCAGCUAAAAAAAGGAGGUGGACCCUUGUUCAGUCAAGGGCAGGCGCAUUGUGGGUGCCCCAGUCAAAGCUUUCUUUGUUCUCCAAAUGCUCGAAAUGCCUUAAACUACAACUUCCAAGACGCCUUAAAAGGGUACGCUGUAUCUCCAAUCGUGAUUGGACGAACGGUCCAGCCGCAGUCCAGAAAAUGAAUGAAUUUUUACAAUACCUUAAUACCAGAUGUAAAAACCCAGGACCUGCAGUGUAUUGUACAAUAUUAGAAUGGGCACAGCCAUCCAGAACCCUCUCAAAUCUCUUGGUGCAGACUUUUACCGUGAAGCCAUAGAACACUGUAGAAGUUACAAUGCUCGCCUCUGUGCAGAGCGCAGUAUGCGGCUGCCAUUUCUUGACUCCCAGACUGGUGUUGCACAGAACAACUGCUACAUCUGGAUGGAAAAGAUUCACCGUGGCCCAGGAUUGUCACCGGGUCAGAUCUAUACAUACCCUGCACGAUGCUGGCGCAAGAAGAGAAGACUGAACAUUCUGGAAGACCCACGUCUCAGGCCUUGUGAGUUCAAGCUGGAUUAUGAAAUUCCAUUGAAGAAGGAAGGUGGGCUGCCUGAAGGGCCAGUCCUGGAGGCACUUCUGUGUGCAGACAUAGUGGAGAAGAAAACAGAGCUGAAAGAAGAAGAAUGCAUUACUGAAUGUCAGAAGCAGCUGCAAGGGGAACUUGUACAUGAAAUGGAUGGAGAUGACCUAGAAGAUGACAUUCCCAAGCGGAAAUAUCGACAAAAAGGAAAGGUCUGUGCUAUUGGAGGAAUAAGAAAAAGGCAAGAGCUGGCAACACUGGACGACAGGGAUAAACCAUACGUUUGUGACAUCUGCGGAAAGCGUUACAAAAAUCGUCCGGGCUUGAGUUAUCACUACACCCAUACUCAUCUGGCAGAAGAGGAGGGGGAGGAGAAUGUUGAACGUCACACCUUACCAUUUAGCCGAAAAAAUAACCACAAACCCAAGAAAGCACCUGAUGGAACAAUUAUUCCCAGUGGCUACUGUGAUUUCUGUCUGGGUGGCUCUAAGAAGACAGGCUGUCCUGAGGACCUGAUCUCCUGUGCUGACUGUGGACGCUCUGGUCAUCCAUCUUGUUUACAGUUUACAGUGAAUAUGACAACAGCAGUCCGAACCUAUCGUUGGCAAUGCAUUGAGUGUAAAUCUUGUAGUUUGUGUGGUACCUCUGAAAAUGAUGUGAGUAAUCAAGAGGACCAGUUGCUGUUCUGCGAUGACUGCGACAGGGGGUAUCACAUGUAUUGUCUAAGCCCUCCAAUGGCUGAGCCACCAGAAGGGAGUUGGAGCUGUCAUUUGUGCCUGAGGCAACUGAAGGAAAAAGCAUCUGUUUACAUAACCCUCACCUAAAGUACACUGCAGAAGAAAAAUAUUAACACACCAGUGUCAACUCUGGCACUUGUUUUAUGUCAUACUCUGCUAAGUUAUUUCAUUCAGAAAACAAAAUAAGAAAUGCUUCAUGUGCUAAGUUGUUAUAUCAAAAGGAAUAAUGCUGCCAGCUGUUUCUAAGGUUAUCGAAUGGAUAAGAACUGUUUGCUCAGUAUUCUUUCAUCCUGAAUUACGUUGUCAGGUGAAUGGCGAUUUGUCUUGAAAUGUUAUACAUACUUUGUACAGUUUAUUUGCUCUGCUCAUGUUAUGUAACUUUUAUUUGAAGUGAUAUUGGCAGGAGGGCAUAUACUGAUGGAGAAAAUGAGACGGAUUUUGUUGUUAACCAUCUGUUAAUGAAAUAAUGCUGUAUUAAACUAGUCUGUGUUUAGAUCUCAUUCCACUGUCACAUAUCCUAACAAAGCUUGCCAUGAGGAGAUUGUGGUAUUUCAUAUAUAAAGGUUGUGGUUAACAUGUUAAUUAUACAAGGAAUACAAGAUCCAUGUUCAGUCAAUACCUAAAAUAGUAAACCGGUUGCUUAAAGAACA